CUGUCUGCGACGGAAUAAGAUAACCUUACCCAAACCAUGACGGACUGCUUUAAAGAUAAAGUUGGUGAGGUUUUGUUACCAGGAGAUGUCUUUUCAUUUGAAAGUAAACCUGAAAAACUUAUAUGCGGACCUGGACUACGCAGAAAUGGAGACGAAAUCCUCGUUUGCAAAAGCGGCAUCUUGCGUCACAAACAACCAAACAUGUACUGGAUUGACUCCCAGCAAAGACGGUAUGUUCCGGCCAAGGGGGAGAGUGUGAUUGGCAUCGUCACUGCCAAGUCUGGGGAUGUUUUCAAGGUAGACGUUGGAGGCAGCGAAUUGGCCUCCUUAACUUACCUGGCCUUCGAGGGGGCGACCAAACGGAACAGGCCGAAUGUGCAGGUGGGGGACCUGGUGUACGCCCAGUUCAUCAUUGCCAAUAAGGACAUGGAGCCAGAGCUGGUGUGCAUCGACAGCUGUGGGCGGGCCAACGGCAUGGGCGUGUUCGGCGCGGGGGGGCUGCUCUUCAAGGUGUCUCUCGGGCUGGUGCGCAGGCUGCUUGCUCCUCAGAGCGAGAUCGUGAAGGACCUGGAGAAGAUGUUCCCCUUCGAGAUGGCGGCGGGGCUGAACGGGCGCGUGUGGGUGAAGGCGUCGAGCACGCAGCGCGCGCUGACCGUCGCCAACCUGCUGGAGAGCUGCGAGAACAUGACGGCUCAGCAGCGCCGUGCGCUCUUCCGCCGCGUGUCCGACAGCGCCUCCUGAUGGACCACCCCCUGCGCAGCGUGACCUCCCAACCCCCCAAACACCCCC